AUGGCACCGUCCACUUCUGCGACCCCGUUGGUAGCUCGGUCAAAGCGUCAUAAACCAUCAUGGUUCACUCGAUAUCUCAUGGAUCCCAUCACACAAUUCGACCCAGCGGCAAUAUUCAAUUCUUCCCGUCGAGCCGCCCAUCUUCCAAGAUCUGUUUUCGUGAACGAACCUCUUCCUCCGGAUUUCUAUAAUAAAAAAGGGAAACCAAAUAAAGAACACGUUUAUGCUUCAAACCAAAAUGUCACUUCCAAAUAUACCAUCAUCACUUUCCUCCCUCGAAAUCUGCUCGAGCAAUUUCGUAGAGUUGCAAACAUCUUCUUUUUGGGUAUUGCCAUCUUACAAUUCUUCUCAAAAUUCUCUACGAUCUCACCAGGUCUUGUCAUUCUCCCUUUACUGGUCGUAUUGGCCAUCACGGCUGGUAAAGAUGCUUACGAGGAUAUAAAUCGACAUCAAGCGGAUCAUAAAGUCAAUCAUUCCAUUGUCCAUACAUUAGGAGGACAAGGGUUCGAGAAUCCAAAUCUUAUGACGGCUAAGAGCAAAACUUUUGUUCCUGCUAUUCCAUUACCCAAGAGGAAGAGCAAAAAGGCCAAGAAAGCAGAACAAGAGGCACAGGUUGGGGCAGGGGUUGUAGGAGGGGACAGAACAACAGCGGAUGCUCCUCCACCCACUGCACAACCGGAAGGACAAGGUUUGAACAGGGUUCGAAGUCAGGUUUCAAAUUGGGAGGAAGAUCCAGAGGCAGGGGAUACACCAGCAGAGAUAGGUUGGCAUAAUACCAUUUGGGAGGAUGUCAAAGUUGGUGAUAUCGUCAAAAUUUAUGACAAUGAACAAUUUCCAGCAGACAUAAUCAUUUGCGCCACUUCGGAAGAAGAAGACGUUUGUUAUAUCGAAACCAAAAAUCUUGACGGAGAAACCAAUCUCAAAUCUCGUCACGCUGUCACUGGUCUUGCAGAGCUUGGCACUGCUGAGGCUUGCGCCCAAACCCGACUGCGCAUUGAUUUGGACGCCCCUGAAGUCAACAUGUUCCGACUGAACGGUGCCGUGAUCAAGCUCGACGAAGAGGGUGACGGAGGUGAACCUGAAAUUCACCCAAUCACUUUGGAGACUACCCUCCUCCGUGGUUGUAUUUUGAAGAACACUGCGUGGGUCAUUGGGAUUGUCGCUUUCACAGGUGUCGACACGAAGAUCGUACAAAAUUCCGGACUCACCCCUUCUAAACGAUCACGAGUGGAAAGACAGAUGAACCCUCAAGUACUGGUCAAUCUUCUUGUUUUGGGACUGAUCUGUAUGGUAUGUGCCAUUGUGGAUCAUUUCAACGAACGUCGAUGGGUACGUCAAGGAACGUAUUGGACAUACAAAGAUGAUCGAUCUGGUGAUAAUCCAAAUGUGAACGGUAUCGUCACUUUUGCCAAUGCUUUGAUCACCUUUCAAAACAUCGUACCCAUUUCAUUGUACAUUUCAAUCGAAUUCGUCCGUACUAUACAAGCGGCUUUCAUUUAUUGGGACCCUUACAUCCGAUACAUCAAGGACGGUAUCAAGACGAGAACAUUGGCGAGGACUUGGAAUUUGUCCGAUGAUUUGGGUCAGAUCGAAUAUGUCUUUAGUGAUAAAACCGGUACACUCACACAAAACGCCAUGAUCUUCCGACAAUGUUCAGUAGGAGGUAAAAUUUACACUGGGGAUGGUCAAACCCCUGAUGGCAUUCUUACGGACGACAAGAAACCCGACGAUAUUCACUCUCGACCUCAUCCAAGGACUCAGAUACAUAGUGGACAUCGACCCAUGUCCCAGUCGGAUCUCGGACCGAGCGACUCGGAUUCAUCUGCUACCCAACGGCAAGGAGAAAAAUCGGACGAUGUCAAAGUUGCUUUACCUAAAGAGGUCCUCGCACCAUUUCACGAUGCGAAUCUCGAUCGUGAUUUGGAAGACCACGAGAGCGAGCAAUCUCGUAUCCUUCAUGGAUUCUUCGCCGUCCUUGGUCUUUGUCACACUGUAUUGGCUGCCGAACCUGAACCAGGAGUGAUUGAAUACAAAGCUCAAUCUCCAGACGAGGCAGCAUUGGUUCAAUCGGCCGCAGAUGUAGGGUUCGUAUUCCGAGGACGAGAUAAAAAUACCCUUCGUCUAUCGACUCCAUUCUCGGACCAAGUAGACGAGUACGAGCUCCUGAAUGUUCUCGAAUUCAAUUCUGCUCGAAAACGAAUGUCUGUCAUCGUGCGCAAAAUGGACGCGGAUGGUCGAUUGUUUCUUUUGUGUAAGGGUGCGGAUAAUGUCAUUUUCGAGCGACUGGUGAAAGACAAUUCCCAGCGAGAAUUGAGGGAGAAAACGGAUCAGGAUUUGCAACAUUUCGCUUCGGAAGGAUUACGAACUCUUUGUCUCGCUUAUCGUGUCUUGAAUCCUAUCGAGUACGAGAAAUGGGCCGCGGCAUAUCACGCCGCCACCGUCAGUCUGGACGAUCGAGAAGCCAAGGUAGAAGAGGUAUCAGGACUAAUUGAACAGAAUCUUAUUCUCCUCGGCGCUACCGCCAUCGAGGACAAAUUGCAAGACGGUGUACCUGAGACCAUUGCGGAUUUGACACGAGCAGGGAUCAAGGUAUGGGUAGCAACCGGUGAUAAAUUGGAGACUGCCGUGGCUAUUGGAUACACAACCAAUUUGUUGACGAAAGAUACGAAUUUGAUCAUUGUUCGACAAGGUAAUCAUACCGUUCACGACCAAAUUCGAGAUGCUCUGGAAGGUUUCUUUGAUGGUGCAGGACUUCAUAGAACACACACAACCGCUUCACUUGGUUCUUCACAUGAUCUUUACACUCCUGGUGAACCAGGUCGAUUAGCGCGUGUCAAUACGGGUGUGCAAUCUCUCGUCGGACAAGAUAACGGUAAUCGACCUGGAGGAUUCUCAUUGGUCAUCGAAGGUGGUGCUUUGGCAAACGCAUUCGAUGAUCCUGAAACUGCCGAUCUUUUGCUCACACUUUCUACCAAAUGUACCACCGUCGUUUGCUGUCGUGUUUCACCCUUACAAAAAGCUCAAAUCGUACACUUGAUCAAAGACAACCUCGGAGUGAUAUGCCUAGCCAUUGGAGAUGGAGCCAACGACGUUUCAAUGAUUCAAGCUGCCGAUGUCGGAGUUGGUAUUUCCGGAGAAGAAGGUUUACAAGCAGUCAACAGUUCCGAUUACGCCAUUGCACAAUUCAGAUAUCUCAAAAGAUUAUUAUUCGUUCAUGGACAUUGGUCAUAUUUCCGAAACUCAAGUAUGAUUUUAAAUUUCUUUUACAAGAAUAUAAUCAAUAUCGGAGUUUUAUUCUGGUUUCAAAUCUAUUGUGGAUGGUCUUCAACAUACGUCAUGUCUUAUACAUAUCUUUUAUUCUGGAACGUAUUUUGGACCAUAGCACCUGUUAUCGCUAUAGGUUUAUUCGAUCGUAAUAUCGAUUCUGAUAUUCUCAUGGCUAUUCCAGAAUUAUAUCGAUAUAGUAGAGAAUCGAAAUAUUUCGGUAUUUGGAGAUUUACAUAUUACAUUUUCGAAGCGGUAUAUCAAUCUGCUGUCGUUUUCUUUUUCCUACUUUACGCUUAUAUAACAACAACCACAAGAAAAGAUGGUUUUCAAACUUAUAUUUAUGAAGGUUCAACAACGAUGGUUAUCGGAGCUGUUUUCGUCGCCAACCUUUUCUCCGGUUUGAAUAUCUACGCUUGGACAUGGUGGUCUGUUUUCGCAAUUUCAAUAGGUCCAUUUUUAGUUUGGAUUUAUACUGCGGUUUAUUCUGUUAUACCACCAAGUUCAUUCUAUACAACGGUUUACGGAAAUGAUUUUCUAUUAUUUAGAUCUUAUGGUUUUUGGUUUGGUUGGCCUUUCGUACUUGUCAUAGCAUUACUUCCUAGGUAUUUAAUUAGAACUAUCGGUCAGAAUUAUUUACCUGAUGAUAUUGAUACGAUGAGGUUGGUUAGGAAAUAUCAUCCGGAAUUAAAUGUCGAAACUCAUCCUUUACUCGGUGGAGCUUUGAAAGGAGAGGAUAAAGAUGUGAAUGAAGAAGGGUUAACUGGGAUGAGUGAAGACAGGGAAAGAGACAGAGAGAAUUGGGAAGGAAAUCAAGCAGGUAGUGGGAAUGAGAAUGUGAAUGGGACGGGUGAAAGAAAAGAAAUUACUCAAAAUUCAAUACCUAUGGAAGAUAUACGUAGGAAAAGUUAUGUGAGACAAAGUGGUGAAGGUGGUAGACCGAGUUUAACUGGUGUUAGAGGUUAUGGUUCUCAAGUGGAUAUGUCGACUGGUUUAGAAAGAGAACCUUCAAGAGGGUUUGGGUUCAUAGCUGAAGAAGGUGGUGUGGCUAUGGCUCGAAUGCAAUCCCGUCUCUCUGAAGUCUCCGCACAUCGUCGUCCAUCCCGUUUCCUCCGUGGUGGACGUAAAGAUACACCUGGUUCACCAAACGAAAAAUCAAGUACACCAUUCGGUAUCUCUCGUAUUCGUGAACGGGCAGGAUCGAUAUUAGGACGUAAACGAGCAGGUACGAACGCUUCUUCUGCGGAAGCUCCUUCUCCACAUGGAUCACUUCCGAGGGAAUCGAGGAUGGGUGGGAGGGUGACGAGUGGGUUAAGUCCUGGACCGGAGGAAGGAGGAGGGGGUGGGGGUGGGGGUUUUGAACCUCCUGAACCGCCCAGAGUGUGAGGGGAGAUCUUUUCUUCCUUCAGUCUUGGCGUGCAGGAAUGGGGAGUUUAAGAUAUAGGUAUGAGAGUGUGUUGUCCUUUGGUUAGGCUCAUUGGUGGGACGUGAGUAUGAAGUAUGGGAUAGGGAGUUAGGAAGAGAAGAGUGAUUUUGAUGGGAUGUUGAUUGGAAUGAGAUCUAUAUUAAAACCCGGGAAGAUGAGAAGGAGGGUUGUGGGAUUCGGUCGGUUAAUAGAGAAAAUUGUUUGCAUUGAUUUUUACCCCCUUUUCC